AUGUCAAUUUUCAAGACAUUUGACUACUUUGUUCUCAAGCUACUUAAUCGGAUCGAAAAGUUUAUAAGAAACCUUAAUGCAAAACUUUUGCGAGAAUCAACUAUCAAACGAAUAGGAAAUGACGAAAACGUAGAAAUUACUUUGCUAGAUUGCGUAACACAUACCAAAGAAAACAUCAAAGAAGGAUACUUACUAGAUGCCAAUUUUCCCACGACAAUCGACAAUGAAAUUCAUGGGAGCAUUUUCUACACAGAAUAUGUUGUAAACGCUUUCGAAAGCUCUUUUGAGAAAAAUCUAGGCGAUAACGAAUAUUACGACUUACGUAUAUUAGGGUAUUCUAACCCUACUCGAAACACACUUACUGUAUUAUCAUUGGUAAUGCUACUGGUUAUCCUUGGUAGUGUAAUAUAUUUUAUCACAGAAUACUUGAUAGCCAGAAAAUCAUGUGCUGCAAAAAUAGGAUAUAACACAUGGAACAUGAGUUUAGAAAGUAAAGAUCAAGUUCAGAACGAAUGUAUAUAUGUAUCUGACUUAAUAAAUACAUAUUCUUCGACCCUGAAUUAUCAAGCUAACACAAAAUUCCAUGCCUAUGUUGAAGCAAAUGCUCAAAUACCUAGCCUUGGUAAACAAGAUAGUGAUAUAUUGCAGAAUAAUCUGAAUUUUAUAUCGUACGAUUUUAUAAUAGAUGAGUACAUGGACAAUAUGGAUGAGAUGAAUGCAAAAUAUACAAUCUCGGGGUCGAUAGAUAAGAAGUUUAUUCAAUAUCCAAUAAUAAAACCAAAGCUCAAAGAAGUUCAAAGUACACCGAAACAACCUCGGCUUCAUCAUGCAGAAUUAAGCUCUGAAGAACUCUAUUCAAAUAACAAAGCUCGGUUCGAGUACAUCCGUCCACAUCUGGAAAGCUCUUCCAUGCUGUCUGAGGAUCCUUCGCCACCCCAAACAUUAAAGUCAGAUAUUCAAAAUAAUAGUAUUAUAACAGAUGAUGAAUUUGAACGAAGUCAACAGAAUUGUUUACAGAAUUUGUUGCAUUUGUAUAAUGAAACACAUGUCGGUACUAUCCCCUGCUUCCCAAUAACAGUUCAAGCCAAAUAUAAUAAAGACGGAGCAUUCCAUGAAGUACAUGAAAUAACACACAAGUACUCUUCAAAAGAGGGAACGUCUCAAGUUACAUCAGAUUCUGAAUUUAGCGAAUCAGAAUAUAUCGCCACAUAUGAGAAAGGUGGCUAUGACAAGAGGAACAUUAAGCCCUUUGCUAAGUUAUCGAGAACGAAAUAUAGUCCGCUUUAUAGCGCCCCUAAAUUUGAAUUAUCUCGAACCACCAUACCACUCGUUUCUAAUAAAGAACAUAAUCCAUCGAUAUUCUUUGAUUUAUACCACUAUUUGGGUUUUCUCGACAUAGAUGAUAGACUAAAAUCUCUAGAUAUCUUAUCACAUGAGUACAAUAAUGAUCACCAACUGGUAAUCCAAUUAAUAGAACUUGAAAUCUUGAAUCUAUGCUCCACUUCAAAUGAAUUUGAAAUGCAGGAUACAGUCAAAAAAUUGCAGUAUAUUAUUACCCGUGAGUAUGAUGGAGAUAACCCAAAUAUUUCCAAGAUUAUUGAAAUAUAUAGUAAUUCUCUUAAGCGACACAUCCACGAAUUGACUGCUUUAUUGAAAACUCCCUUUGCUGAAAUAAUAGUUGUCUUAUUAUGUGACUAUUUAUCGUUUGCUGAAGAUAACAAAAUUGAUAUUGAAACUUACAAUCAUUGCCUAGGAACAAUUAUUGAAAGCACCGUAUACAAUAAGGAGUUUUAUAGAUCUAUAUCAAAUUCCGCUUGUAUAGUGGUUUGCGCGUUAGAUUGCACGAUGCUCCCACAUACUUUGUUCGUUAUUUUUGAUCACAUAUUCAUGGAGGAAAAGCACAAACAACCUGAAAAGCAAAUAACUGCAUUAAGAUGUCUAAAGUAUUAUAUUUGCUUUAAUAAGCUGAGCAUAAUCGAAGAGCUUACCACAAAUCCAAUGGAAAAUAAGUUUAAUUGUUGUGGUUACCAAUUAAUAAAUCUCUUACUAUCAAGCAUUCCAAAAAUAAUUCGUAUAUCCUCGAAGUCUAGUAUCCCAUAUAAACUGAUUCCAAAUCAAAAACACAGAAAUUUGCCAUCUUCUAACGAAAACAUUGAUCCCCUUAUCCUCGAAUUAAUUGAUACUUAUCUUGCUAUCGUUGAAAUAUUUCUCAACAAUGAUAAAAUUCCAUCAGCAAUUCAAUAUGAGUUACUAUCAUCAUUUAUAACGAAGAUAUACACACAGAUAAAACCAAUUGUGGAAUGUGACAGGAGAACUCUUGAUCCACCAAUUCUAAAAGAGCUUCAAAUUCAUUUUGAUCUUAAUCAGUGA